GGCAGCGUUUCGUAGUGACUACUCAAAAUGGGUGACAAGGUAGUGAACAGUAGAAAAUAUGAGCUCAUAGCACCAGAUGGAGGUUGGGGCUACAUGAUUUGUAUAGCAGCCGUUAUUAAUUUAACUACCAUAACCGCAUUCUUGACUUGCUUCGGUAUGUUAUACAAGACUCUGUUUAUUGAGUUGAAAAUGGACUCAACAAGCGUCACAUUGUUAAACGGAAUAGGAGCAUUUUUUGUCGCAAUAUCAGGAAUAUUUACAGCUCCAUUUUUGAAGUUUCUUUCUAUACGUCAACUGGGCAUAAUUACGGCGGCGGCAUUCAAUACUGGAACAUUUAUGGUCGUUUUUGUUAAAUCAAAAAUUAUAUUUUUUAUUUCAAUUGGAUUUCUACAGAGCUGCGGAAAUGGCGUUUUAUAUAAUUUGUCCUGUACUGCAUUAAAUAAUUAUUUCGUUAAAAAGAGACUACUGGCUGUUAGUAUCGUACACACUAUUGUAGGAUUAGCUGCGCUUUUUUCACCUCAGUUUAUAAAGUGGUCAAUGGAAAUAUACGGGUUCAGAGGAACUUUGUUACUUGUGUCAGCCAUUUCUUUACAAAGCAUAGUAGGAACAGCACUAAUGCAACCAGUAGAAUGGCACAUGAAGAAAGUCGAAGUACCUGAAGACAAAGAAAACGAAAGUAAACUUCUUUUGAGACCUGAAGAAAAUCCUAGGACGUGUAAUGAAGACACGAACAUGAUAAAAUCAGCCGAAGAUGCAAAAAACUUCAACAAGGCAGAAAAUGUCAAAGGUCAAGAACCUAGUAGUUUUAUAAAUACUAUUAUUUCAAGUAUCUUAGAUGUAUCAAUAUUCAAGAAUUUUGUAUUAUCUAAUGCUUGUGUCGGAAUGGCUUUUGUUAUUUUCGCGGAAUUCACAUUUACAACGUUGCUUCCACAAGCUUUAUAUGCGAUAGGAUUGAACGAUGACGAUGUAGCAUGGGCUCUUUCAAUGUACGCGUCAGGAGAUGUAGCGACAAGAUUCUUGUUUAUAUUCAUUAGCAAUUGGCUGUUUAAAUUUGGAAGCCAUGAGACUUAUGUUAUUGGACUAGUAUUAACAUUUAUUUCCAGAAUCGGAAUGCUCUGGUCAGAUAAUAAGUUGGUGAUUAUAGUAUUUAUUACUGUAAUGGGAGUUUCACGAUGCUUUAUAUUGACGCUUAUUCAAGUAGUGGUAGCGGACGCUGUGGAACCAGAAAAAUUUAGCUGUGCUAUCGGACUGUUAUUCCUACUUUUUGGAUUUUUUAAUAUAGUUGUUGGUCCUAUUAUAGGCGCUAUACGUGAUUUGACGGAUAGUUACUCGACUGCGUUCUACAUAUUAACAUCGUGUAUUGGCGUAGUGAUCAUCUUCUGGACCAUAGAAUUAAUUUACAAAAAGAAUAAACACAAGAGACAACCAAAAGAACAUGUUUCAAAAGUGUGAUUAAUAAAAAUGUUUUGUAUUGUA